AUGGACACCACUCUUGAAAAAUUGAAAAAGUAUUUUCCCGCCCUGCCUCAGAAUGCGAUUACAAAAAUUUACCGUGCUAGGUGUGAAAGAUUGAGGUUGUUAAUGAACCAUGGAAUUCCUGAAGAUAUUCGAUGGCUGAUUGAAGCAAAGGUCCGAUUGUCAGGUGGUUUGGGAACUUUAGAAGAGAUAUUUCAUAUUUCAUCUUGGGCUCAGCUGAACAUUCACCAGAAACCUAUAGGUUUGCUAAAUGUUAAUGGUUUUUAUAAUACUUUACUGUCUUUUCUUGAUCAUGCUGUGGAACAACAAUUUCUAACAUUUUUAGCGCGACAAAUCCUCAUCUCUGCUGCUACUGCUGAACAAUUGAUUGAUGAACUUCAAUCUUUCAUCCCUGUAGUUGAUUCCUCUAUGAGUCGACUUAAUUGGUCAAUCACGGAACGCCGUAAAAAGCUUAGAUUGGAUUUGAGCCUUAGUUUGUGAAAUAUUGUGUCUUUUGGUUUUAUUAAUGGUAUAGUAUUUGUGUUUUGUUGUUUCUUGUAUUUGUUUAAGUGUGUUUCAGGUUUGUCAGUAGUCGCUGUUUCAGGUGAUGUCUUCUAUACUCUAUCUUUCUACCUUACAACAUUGAGGACAAUGUCUCGUUUUGGUUGGGGGGAGAGGGUAGUAGUUGAUAUUACAAAAAAAAAAAAAAAAAAUUUAUUAACUAACUGUGUUUUCUAUUAUUACAACCAUUUGCAAACCUGUUGUUACUAGGAUGGCAGAGUAAAGGAUGAACUUUAGUGACUCUUGAGACGCAUCUUAGUAAACAUUCUUAACAAGGUCUAUUAUAAUACUUCUUGAAAUAUUCAGAUUUACAAACUCUCGCAUUGUUAUCACUUAAAUUCUGCUCAUAUACUUAUUUAACAAGUAUUCUUAAACCUUCAUUUUCACACACACACUUUAACAUAUGAUUGUGGGUUGCAUAUUGGAUUAUUACAUUAUUUAUGUUCUUUUGUUAAAGGUAACAACUAAGGGAAAGGGACAGUAUAUAUAUAAAAACAAAAAAAAAAACAAAAAAAAAAAACAAAUAAAUAAAUAAAAAAGUAGAUAAGUUUGGUUUCGUAGCCUCCUUGACUUAAGCAAUUAAGCCCGAAGGGGUGUUUUAACACCUAGUACCCUAAAGUCAACUGACUUGGGAGCUAUUGGCCUAGUGCUUGUUACAUGGGUUAAGGAGAAAAGCUUAAGGGAAUCAAACAUUGCACUAUCUACGUGUCAGUAUCUGCAACCCGAGUUACUAAGCUCGUAGGGGUGUCUCAACACCUGAUGCCCUAAGACCAACUGGUCUGGGAGUCAUUAGCUAAAAGCUCGUUACAUGGGUUCAAGAUACAUUGUAUUAUAAAUUCUUGCUUUCAAAAAAAAAAAAAAAAAAAAAAAAAAAAAACAAAAGAGAUAAUAAUCCCAACCCAAGGAAGUUAACCUUAAACAUUGGAACAAAAAUUUUGUUUUCUUCCAUGAAAAGCUCCAUAGCUAUGUUUUGAUUUACUGAGCACAAAAAGAAGGUUUAUUAAUAUCUUGUUUAAGAAGUAUGAAGCAGAUAUAUAAAUUUAAUGAGAGUUUGUUUAUUUGGAUAGAUUAAUGGAAGUUAAAUGAUGAAUACCUUGCUUUGUGGAACUUGCAAAUUGUUUUUGUAUUUUAACGCUUUGAUUACUAGGGACUAGUAAUAAGCUGGUUGGGGGGUGUGAUUAGUACUUAAAAGUGCAUUCUCAUUAAGGCUUUAUAUCAUCGUAUUGCACUAAAGUAUCGUUAAAUUCCCUAACUAAAGCAUGUUUUAUAAUAACAAGUCUAAUAAUAUAAUAUAUCUUUAAUUUAUGGUAAAUGCUUGUUUUGAAUGCAGGUAUAUCUCACAAUUCAAAGGAUUGAUUGCUGUGAUUAACAAUUGAAAGUGAAGAGACAAAAAGAGGACUAGGCUAAGAGAAGAGAUGCUGGUUCAAUUCCAAACUGGAACACUAUUCGGUUAUUUGAUCAUAACUGGAGUUGUAGAACUCGGAUUUGGGUCCACUUUAUAUGGAUGGAAAGAUAAGACAUAGACCUAAAACUUUCAUGAAGGGUCCAAAACUCAAUUCUGCCGUUUCCAAGUUCAAAUAUUAGCAACAACGGAGAAGUCGGAACCUGUCCUGCAGCUCAAACACUGUUCGGUUUUCAGCUCAUAUCUUGAGUUCUAGAAGUCCAAAUGAGCUCUGGUUUUUUUUGUUGGAAAGCUGAGACAAUUGCCCACAGCUUUCAUGGAACAAAGGGCUCAAAUUCUGAUGUUAGCAAUGACGUUUUGGCCAGCCAACAAUAUCAAAAAUCUGCCAACAAUUUCAAGAACCAGCAGCCAAUAAUGUCAAAAACCAGCCACCAAAUCAAUGGUUGGCCACCAACUAUUUUCUUAGUCCACCAAUCAAUAGUUCUGAAUCUUAGCCUAUAAAAGGAGGCAUUUGCCAUGUAUUUAGAUAUAUUAUUUUUCAGAUCAAAAUCAUGUUCUUGUUUUCUCUCUUUAUAUCUUUGUAAUGUUCAAGUUUUCUUUCAUGUUAUAUUAAUCUCUUGUUUAUGCUUUUUCAUUUCCUUUCCUAUAAUUAGUUAACUUAUAUCA